GUUAAAUGUCAUAGUGUCAAUGGAAAUGUCAAAUCUGUAAACAGAAUUUCGUGAAUGUUUGUUUUUUAACGGAAUCUUAUGUGAAAUAAUCAAUAAAUAACAGUUUGUAUUGAGUAAGAAGUUUAUUAAAGUUAUUUUAGAUGACUCUUGGACGUAAAUACCAGCAAUCUUCCGGGAAUGCUGGGGAGGCUCGUAAGGUAUAUUCUAACCAGUCGAAGGUCGGGACUCUAUCUGGUUGCUCGUCUUCUGUAUCACUGUGCGACAUGAUUGAGCCACCGGACUAUGAGGAGGUGUGUGACCGGCUAAUGGGGGAGAAAGAUCCCCUCGCCUACCCUGCAGUGGACAUGGAGCUCUGCAACGUGCCGCGGCGCAUCAGAACCAUCUCCCAUGUCCUGCCUGAUGAAGACCUUGCCAAAGCCCCGAUGUUUGUCCGCGACUGCAUCCGAAGUUACACGACGGACUACACAGUCGUGGAGUACAAAUACCGCGCGUACUCGGGCUCCACCUGCGGCCGGGAGCGACUGGGCGAGCGCCUGGAGCGCCUGCAGGCUGGCCCCAGGCAUACAUACGAAGUUGACGCUGAACCAACUAGCAUUGAAGAACAUCAGUCUGAAUCUCAACCAUCAAGCGGGCGUCAGUCGGUGGCGUCUAUGUCAUCCUCCUCCUCAUGCAACGAGACCCUCACUCCGCGCGGCUCCUGGGCCAGCCUGGACCUUCGGAGCUCCUCCUCGGACCCUCUGCUACCUGACCUCUUUGAGAGGAAGCCUCCGGAACAGAUCGAUGCCCUUAAUGAAGCUAGGAGGCUGGAGAAUCGUCAAGCUGACCUCUUAGGGCUGUACACUCCAUACUUGGAUGAAGAGGAAGCCGUGGAACGAAGGUUGGCAGCCGAGAUGCCGAGCGAGAUCAUGGGGCACCGGAUCUUGGUAGUCUGCCAUCAGCUCAAGCUUGAACUGGACGUGGAACCUCUCUUCGCCUCCAUGGCAGUUUACGAUGCAAAGGAGAAGAAAAAAGUUUCAGAAAACUUCUAUUUUAACCUCAACUCGGAGUGCACGCGCCAAAUGUUGUCCGCCCACGUCCCUCACGCGGACCUCUCGACCCUCAGCCGGAGUGCGGUCUUCGAUCUCAUGAAUCCAUCGCCUGAUAUGUUCCUCGUGGUUCGCGUUGAAAAAGUCCUCCAGGGCGAUGUCAAUGAGUGCGUCGAACCUUAUAUCAAGGAUGAUAAGAACCGCGAGAAGGUCCGCGCGGGCGCGGCGGCGGCAUGCGCCCGGCUGGGCAAGUACCGCAUGCCGCUGGCCUGGAGCGCCGUGUCCUUGCUGAACAUCCUCAGCGGGUCCAACAGCCUCGAGCGGGACCACGACAAGGACAGCCUCAAUUCUGCCACCAACACCAACAGUCUCGACCGUAAAGCAUCAUCCAGCAGUUUGGAACAGCUCCGUCGUCGUGCAGGCGAGGUGGGAGGGUCCCUCACCCGCAAGGGCUCCAUAGAGAGGCGCGCGCCCACCCAUCACGCGGACGACCUCGCCAACCAGCUGGACUCCUUCAAACCCAUCGCUAUUACCGUCACUAGCUUUUUUAAACAGGAGACAGAUAAACUUCGCGAUGAAGACCUCUACAAGUUCCUGGCCGAGAUUAAACGCCCCAGCUCAGCUCCUAAGAAACUCAAGUGCAUCCCUGGCACAUUGAAGAUUGAGGUCUCGCCUUGUCCCGAGGAGUUGAAGAACGGACUGACGCCAGAGCUUGCCAAAUUACAUCCUUAUGGCGACGACAACGUCCGUCCAUGCAAGGAGAUCCUGCCGUUCCCGUGGCAGGCCCCGGCGAUGCCCCACUACCAGUACCGCAGCCUGCUCUACCUCGCCGUCAAGGAGAUCAACCUCAACGCCUACACCAGCCGCACUGGAUCCGCCCGGAAUAUCACUGUACGCAUCCAGUUGAUGUCAGGCGAGAGCGAGGGCUCCGCCCUGCCGGCUAUAUUCGGGCGCAGCUCCUGUCCCGAGUUCACAAACGAGGCCUACACCACCGUUCUCUACCAUAACAAGAACCCGUCUCUCUACGAUGAAAUUAAGCUCAAGUUACCAGCCGACCUGGGCGACCAGCACCAUCUCCUGUUCACGUUCCUCCACGUCUCCUGCCAGAGGAAACCUGUCGCGCCUGACCAGGAGAAAAACUUGGAGACUCCCGUCGGAUACUCUUGGCUCCCUCUAUGCCGUAACGGCAAGUUGACGUGCGGAGACUUCAGUCUGCCAGUGAUGCUGGAGGAGCCCCCUCCCAACUACUCGUACAUCUUCCCCGACGUCCAGCUCCCCGGCACGCGCUGGAUAGACAACCAUAAGCCCAUCUUCAACAUCACGCUAGAUGCACAUACUACUGUACAUCCACUGGACGGCUACAUCGAGCGGUUCGCGAUGGCGUGCGAGGCAGUACAGGAGGGCAACAUACCUCCCCGCAUCGGACUCGCCAACAUGGAGGCCGAGCUACGAGCCAGUAUAACGGAGUUGCCGACGGCGAGCGUGGAGACAGUGUCUCGCUACCUGCCCGUACUGCUGGACAAGCUGCUGCAUCUGCUGGUGGCGCCCCCCUCACUCGCCGGACAUACACUCAACAUCGCGCAGGACGUCUUCACCUGUCUAGCUCACAUCUUUACCGACAUAUCCAAUAUGAACGAAGGCGCGACCUGCGACAACCACGGCCGCAGUGGUCUGAUCACCACGUACAUCCAGUACCAGUGCACCAUCCCGCGACCCUCGCUCACUGACAGGGACGUCGGCCUGCCACUGCCCCCCGCUGUGAUGACGGACGGGUCCUGUAAGAUCCUGCACGAGGAGCUGGCGUUACAGUGGGUCGUGGCCAGCGGAGCCACCAGGGACCUCGCCAUGCAGAACUCCUGGGCACUGUUCGAGUUGAUGAUAAAAUCGAUGGUUGAAUAUUUAUACUGGAGCGGGGCUCACGAGGCGAGGCGGAAGUCUCGCUUCCCCGACCAGUUUACCGAUGACCUCACCACGCUCGUUAACAACGUCACCACGGAGAUCAUCUCAAGAUACGGCAAGGACAGUCGCUUAACCCAGAGCCUGAACAACAGCCUGGCAUUCUUCCUGUUCGAGCUGCUGAGCGUGAUGGACCGCGGCUACGUCUUCAACCUGAUCCGAACCUACUACAAGCAGAUGUGCGCUAAGAUAGCCUCGCUGCCUGAUGCUGUGCCCCUCGUUCACUAUAAGCUGGCGUUUCUUCGCAUAAUCUGCUCCCACGAGCACUACGUGUCAUUGAACUUGCCGCAGCCCCUGGGCGGAGCCCCGGGGGGCGUGUCCCCCGCCGCCUCGUGGCAGUCGUUGGGCUCGCAAUCUAGUGCGCCGCCUCGACAUACCCUGGGACAUGAGUUCCGAUCCAGACACUAUCUUGCCGGCUUGCUGCUUACUGAGCUUACGAAUGCUUUGGAGCUACAGUCCCCAGUCCUGCAGUGCGCGGCAGUGUCGAGUGUAGUGUGCCUGCUGUGGGCCCACGACGCGGACCCGCGACUGGCCGCGCCCGACGUGAAGGCGCGCGUCGCCGCGCUCUACCUGCCGCUACUCGGCAUCGCCAUGGACGCGCAUCCCCAACUCUACAGGGGCUUCUCUACUAACAAAGAGGUACUGCAGCUGGACAGUGAAAUCGGACACUUUAGCAAUUUCUACACCGCGUCGUCUCCCGAAGGUGAUUUUAAACAGAACGGUCGCCCCCCGUUCAACAGCGAGACGAGCCGCAACCUCCUAAUGUGCGUGGUGUGGGUCCUCAAGUGGGCCGAGCGCGGCGCGCUGGCCGCCACCGUCGCCGACCUGCCCGCGCACUCGCUGCACGCCCUGCUCGCGCUCAUAGACCUCGCCUUCCGCUGCCAGGAGUACAAGGGACGAAAAGAAAUACUGAAAUGCGCGCAACAGAACGUGCGCAAAACGACCGACAUCAAAGCGAAGCUGGAGGACGUGAUCCUGGGACAAGGAUCAGCUCGGAACGACUUCAUCAUGAGGAGGAAAGGUGCGUGUCGCCGCGAGCGCUGGCGCAAGGAGCUGUGGCGGGGCGGAGCCCGCGCCGAGGGCGGAGCCCCGCCCGUACCCCAGCCCGCCCUAGCUGCUGCACUCGCUGCCGAGGUCUCGCUGACCUUGCUGCAAGCGCUGGAUACUAUUGUGCAGUCGUGCAGUGUGUUGGAGUGUGGGCAGGCAGUAUGCAGCGCGGCGCUGCAGGUAGUACUGCGCGCGCUGCAGCGCAACCAAAGCGGUGCAGUACUGCAACAUAUGUUUGCCACUCUCAGGUCACUCAUAGUCAAGUUGGGCUGGUCGUGUUGCGGUGAGGAGUCAGGUAUCUGCCGCGUAUUGCUCCGUCACUGCGCGGCACUGUCCGCGUGUACCCGCGCACACGCCUCGGCCACGCUCUAUGCGCUAAUGCGACAACACUACCAACUUGGAAAUAAUUUCAGCCGCGUCAAGAUGCAGGUGACAAUGUCCCUGUCAUCCCUGGUGGGCACUUCUACCACCUUCAGCGAGGAGUCGCUACGUCGAGCGUUGAAGACCAUCCUCGUAUACGCUGAGCAUGACUCCGAUCUAGCUGAUACGUCGUUCCCGGAACAGGUGAAAGACUUGGUCUUCAACCUACACAUGAUCCUAUCGGACACGGUGAAGAUGAAGGAGUUCCAGGAAGACCCUGAGAUGUUGCUUGACCUCAUGCAUCGUAUCGCUCGCGGAUACCAACACAGCCCUGAUCUUAGGCUCACCUGGCUUAAUAAUAUGGCACAGAAACAUAUGGAGCGCUCGAACCACACGGAGGCGGGCAUGUGCCUGGUGCACGGCGCGGCGCUGGUGGCGGAGCAGACCCAGGCGGGGGGCGGCCGCGGCGCGCAGCUACUGGCCCGCGUCACCCACAACGCGCUCGACGAGAGCUGCGCCGACGCCCUGCAUCAUCAUCUCACGCAUCUUGAACUCCAGGCACUCCUGGAGCACGCAGCGAGCGAGCUGAUGACAGCCGGCAUGUAUGAGACCGUCAACGAGGUCUACAAGGUCCUCAUACCCAUCGCGGAGGAACACAGGGACUAUAAGAAACUCGCUAAUAUACACAGCAAGCUGAACGAGGCGUUCACCCGCAUAGAGCAGCUGCACGGCAAGCGAGUGUUCGGCUCCUACUUCCGCGUGUCCUUCUACGGCGCCAGGUUCGGGGACCUCGACGGGGAGGAGUUUGUCUACAAGGAACAUGCUCUCACCAAGCUGCCGGAGAUCUUCAGCAGGCUUGAGAAUUUCUACGGCGCCCGAUUCGGUGCGGACAACGUGGUGAUAAUAAAGGACUCGAACAUAGUGGACGUGAGCACGCUGGACCCGGACAAGGCCUACAUACAGAUCACGUACGUCGAGCCGUACUUCGAGCCGCACGAACUGCGCAAGCGCGUCACGCAGUACGAGAAGAAUUAUAAUAUCAAGCGGUUUAUGUACGCGACCCCGUUCACGGUGGGGGGCCGCGCGCAUGGCGACAUCGCGGAGCAAUGCAAGCGGAAGACCAUACUCACCACUGCACACCACUUCCCGUACGUCAAGACUAGGAUACAGGUGGUGUCCCGAACCCAGAUAAUACUGACACCCAUCGAAGUGGCCAUUGAAGAUAUACAGAAAAAGAUCAACGAGCUAGCGGCGGCCACCAGCCAGGAGCCGGCCGACCCGAAGAUGUUGCAGAUGGUGGUACAGGGCUGUAUUGGUACCACCGUCAACCAAGGACCCCUCGAACUCGCACAGGUUUUCUUGGCUCCUGUAGCCGAGGGCACGCAGCCCCCCACCCGAUUGACAAACAAACUACGGCUAGCUUUCAAAGAUUUCUCCAAAAAAUGCCACGACGCUCUCCGUAAGAACAAAAACCUGAUCGGCAGCGACCAGCGCGAGUACCAGCGGGAACUGGAGCGCAACUUCCAGCGGUUCACCGAGCGACUCGCGCCCCUCAUACAGGCCACGCCGGGCCACGUCGCGCAACUCAGCAAUGGCCUGAGUAAACACGACUACAAGUAUCAAGCGUAAAGUUCGAACAAAGGGCGUCGCACAACCAUCGUCUUGUUAUUAUUUAACAAUUAUUAUUACUUCGUACUGUAUCGUAAUGUACUCAUUAUUUCUUAAACAUAGC